AAUGGGAUCGAACGUUGUUGGGCCGUCCGGAGCGCGAGCGAGGCCGGGGCGGGAGGGGGGCUGCGUGCGACCGAGGCGGCGCCGCCAUGAGCUCCAUCGGCACCGGGUACGACCUGUCGGCCUCCACCUUUUCUCCCGACGGCAGGGUGUUCCAGGUCGAAUACGCGAUGAAGGCGGUGGAGAACAGCAGUACAGCAAUCGGGAUAAGAUGUAAAGAUGGUGUUGUCUUCGGUGUAGAAAAACUCGUUCUGUCCAAGCUGUAUGAAGAGGGUUCCAAUAAACGCCUCUUCAACGUCGAUCGGCACGUUGGAAUGGCAGUGGCAGGACUGCUGGCAGAUGCUCGUUCGCUGGCAGACAUAGCUAGAGAAGAAGCUUCUAACUUCAGGACUAACUAUGGCUAUGAUAUUCCACUGAAGCAUCUUGCAGACAGAGUGGCCAUGUACGUGCAUGCAUACACACUGUACAGCGCUGUCAGACCUUUUGGUUGCAGUUUCAUGUUGGGGUCCUACGAUGAAGAUGACGGUGCACAACUGUACAUGAUUGAUCCAUCAGGAGUUUCAUACGGUUAUUGGGGCUGUGCCAUCGGUAAAGCCAGGCAGGCUGCAAAAACAGAGAUUGAAAAACUUCAGAUGAAGGAAAUGACUUGCCGUGACGUUGUGAAGGAGGUUGCGAAAAUAAUCUACAUCGUUCACGAUGAAGUAAAGGACAAAGCUUUUGAGUUGGAACUCAGCUGGGUUGGAGAAAUAACCAAUGGAAAACAUGAAAUUGUUCCCAAAGACAUAAGGGAAGAAGCAGAAAAAUAUGCCAAGGAAUCUUUGAAAGAGGAGGAUGAAUCAGAUGAUGAGAAUAUGUAACACAUUGUUACUUCAAGACAAGUUUGACUUAGUACAGGUUUGUUUAUAAUGGAUUAACCAUGGGAUGCUCCUAUGUACUGCUGGAGGAAACUGAGUGACCAACUUGCACUAAUAAAUUUUCCAUUUUACUGUC